GACAGCAGUUAGGGAUCAACCUCAGACUCUUCAAACACAGCUCAGCCCUCUCUGCAGUAGUCACACAAGUGCAGCACACUUGGAUUUCCAAGUCCAAUCUGCAGGUCUGUGUACGCUUGCUGUGGCUGAUGCUGUGGGAAGCUCUUCACGGAACCCAUUCUUGGCUUUUCCAGUGGGAAGGUUAGGAGCUCAAUUCUGCCACCAGAAAUCUCUUUUUCUCAAGGGAGCUGGUACCCUCAGAGACCAGAGGAUCUCAGAUCCCCUAGAGCUACAGUUAUUGGUAGUUCUGAGCCACCUGAUCUGCAUAUUGGGAAAUGAUCCCGUGUAAGAGCAGCAAGUGCUCUUAACUGCUGUCAUCGCUCCAGUUGGACUCUAUUUUACAUUGCUCUGUUUGUUUACCCUUUCAGCAACCCCGCACUGUCUCAUCACUUUAUGUGUCUUUCGCUGCCACCAUGGGUCAGUCUUCUUCCACAACCGAUACAAAUGCCCACAAUAUGGCCUCCAGCCUUAAUGCAUUUUUCAAAACUUUCAAGAUGGAGAGUAAGGUCAUUUCUGAGGAGAUCAUCAGUUCAAUUCAGUCGUUUGUGCAGGAAGGGGACAUACAGAAGACGAUUUCUGCAAUUAACGAUGCUUUGGCAGCCAUAGAGAAUGCACCUCUGAGCAUUGCAGUGACAGGGGAGACUGGGGCAGGGAAGUCAACUUUCAUCAAUGCCCUGCGGGGCAUAGGACAUGAAGAGAGCGAAUCAGCUAAGAGUGGAGUGGUAGAGACAACAAUGCAGAGAACGAAAUACACCCACCCCAAGUUCCCUAAUGUGACCAUCUGGGAUCUCCCUGGGGUCGGGUCAACUAAAUUUAAACCAGAAAAAUAUCUGAAGGAAAUGAAGUUCCAGGAGUAUGACUUUUUUCUUAUCAUCUCAGCUACUCGCUUUAAAGAGAAUGAUGGCCAGCUGGCCAAAGCAAUUGAAAAAAUGAAGAAGAAUUUCUAUUUUGUUCGAACAAAAAUUGAUAGUGAUUUGUGGAAUCAGAAAAGAUGUACACCCAAGACCUACGAUGAGGAAAAACUCCUGGAGUCUAUCCGAACAACAUGUGUGGAGAAACUGCAGGAGGCCAAGGUCGCCUCCACUCGUGUCUUUUUAGUUUCUAGUGUUGAGGUAGCACAGUUUGAUUUUCCCCGCCUGGAAUCCACCCUUUUGAAGGAGCUGCCGGCACACAAGCGUCACAUCUUCAUGCAGUGCAUCCCUAGCAUGACUGAGGCUGCUAUUGAUCGCAGGAAAGAUGUCCUGAGACAGAAGAUCUGGCUGGAGGCUCUGAAGUUUGGAGCAUCGGCCACCAUCCCUAUGAUGUGUUUCUUCAAGGACGAGGUCCAGGAGUUGGAGAAGACCCUGAUCCACUACAGAUCUUGCUUUGGGCUGGAUGACAAGUCUCUGGAAAACAUAGCCAGGGAUUUUUCCCUGCCUGUGGAAGAGCUUGAGUCCACCCUUAAGUCACCCCGUUUGCUGUCAUGUGAGAUGGAUGAGUCUGUGGGGGAUAAACUGAUGAAAUACCUGGAAAAAAUAUUUGCUGUCACUGGCGGAUUCGUAGCCACUGGCCUUUACUUUAGAAAGAGUUACUACCUCCAAAAUUAUUUUCUUGAUGUAGUGACUGAUGAUGCUAAAAUUCUACUUAAGAAAAAAGUUUUCUUGGAGGAACAUGAGGACUCUGAGGAAGGCUGUAAAGAUGGGGAAAAUAAGGCAGCUGGCCUGGGACUUAGCUGACUUUAAUGCUUUCAAAACUCUGGAGACUGGGGCUGGAGAGAUGGCUCAGAGGUUAAGAGCACUGGCUGCUCCCCCAGAGGUCCUGAGUUCAAUUCCCAGCAACCACAUCGUGGCUCACAACCAUCUACAAUUCAAUCUAGUGCCUUCUUCUGGUGUGUUGACAGAACACUGUAUAUGUAAUAAAUAAAUCUUUAAAAAAAAAGACUCUGGAGAUUGGAAAGAUGGCUUAGGGUGUUCCUGAAGUACCCUGGCCAAGCUGUAGUGACUUUUAGACAAUGUCAUAGUAAAACUAAGAUUUAGUGGUCAACUCUGAAAUACACUAAGGAAAUUGUAUAAAAAGAAGAAAUCAA